AUGAUGGGCCAAUGUUUUGGAACCGAAGAUGGAGGUCUUUUUAGUUUUAGGCAAAAGCGAGGUUACGAUCGCUUUACACGGUUCGCUCCGAAAAGCAGAUGGUGAGAAUCCCUAUAAAUUGGUGUUGAUUUUUAAUAGUACAGGUUGAUCUUACAUAGGCUGUGUACGGCAUUGUUCACUUGCAAUUGAAUCCUAAAUACGUAAUCAAAGGUAUAACAAUCAUUUUAAACGCUAAAUAGGUGUUUUAUUCUGUUGCGUAUUAUUACCGUAUGUGUUUGGGCGAAUCUUUAAUCUCCUGGGUCUAUACGUUGUGUUGAAAAGAAUUUUUGAAAGGCCUUUUAUCACAUCCUAUUGUUUAUAUUAAAAUAAUUAUGUAUUAAUGUCAAGCCUUAGGAAAAAAAUCAGGAAAAUUUAAGGCUUUGAUACUUGUCUUAUACCCAAAUUGCUUAAAUCUUACAUUGGUGAUAAUGUAUAAUUUUAUAAGAAAUUAAGUUUUUUAAAUUUAAUAUGACUAAUUAAUCAGACUAUUGAGUAUUCAGUAGUAACUUUACUUAAGAAUACGCAAUAUACUACCAACAGUCCAGCGUUACUGCUGUUAACUUAUAUGCCCACAACAGUUCAUGGUAUCGAACAGUUGUGGGGUUUGGAGACUGCCAACUGUCAAUGGAACUGACUAAGUGUCAGCCAAUAUGUACCCUGUCCCAAAGAAAUUUCUGGAAAAUUUUCUCAGUGUGAAAAAGAAUGAGCAUGCGAAAGCACGUGCCAAGGUUAAUGACGUUAUUACUAAUGUCAUUUCUGCCAGUCAGCAUUACACGUUGACUUUAUCUGAUGCAGAUAUUUGACGCAGGCUAAAGAAGAGAAAAACUUUUAUUACCUUCGACUUGAAACUCACUUUCAUGCACACAGCAGGGCAUGGAUUGGUUGAUAUUCUUACAAACAUGCAAAUAAAUUUGAUUGGGUCAUAAUUAGAAUUGCUGGGGGGACAGUGAGGAUAUCUCAUUGCAGUUCUUAAGGUCAUUUUUGCCUCUCUCUACAAGCAAGAGAAAUUGUUUGCAAAAUGGUGCAGAGGGAAUUGCACAAAAUGUAUGUUUUACAUACAAAUUCAAGAUUUGCUUGUGUUUCUGGAUUCUGUUCCCAAAGGAAUCUUAGACGGAAUGUUGGCUUUGCUACUUGAGGAGUGAUUUCCAGAGGUUCAAAGUCUCAGCAUGCAUUCAAAGUAUAGCCUUGCUUGCAGUCUUGUGGCAAGGUUGUGUUCUCUGUACAGCCAACCAGCCAUAUGAAGUCAAUGAUAUUUCAGUUGCUGGCUACCAUCGAAGAGUCUUUCACUUAUGUAUCUUAAGUGGCCAUGGUGCAAAGCUCUCCUUUUCCUCACUUGAUUCUACAAAUCCUGUAAUAGUCUUUCUGAGUAAUUUUGAUCUCAAUGGUUCUUUUGCCUGGACUUUCUUUGGAGGGAACCAUUCCCAUAAAUUAUGUGCAUGAGGUGUGUCAAGUGUUAAUAAUAAUAUUGUAACAUCACUCUUCACCACACAUGGAGAAAACUUUCAAGAAAAACCUCUUGGACCCGGGUGACCGAUAUGUGGGCUGCCUAUCAAUGAAGGAUUGGUCAACAUACCAGCUGAGUCUUGGUCAGCAUGUUGAGUUUUGGCUGAUAUCAGGAUUCUCUAGAAGAAAGAGUAAAAUUGUAGAAGAAAAAUGUUAAGAAGACAGCAACCGAUUAGAUAGAAAAGCAUGUCUUUUCACAUGGCACAGCUGUGCCCUGACCCCUUCCUCCCAUCUGGACAGGACUUUCUUUCAAACCCUGUGCAUGCCCUCAAGCACCCAAAAUUUUCUUCAGAGCUGCAAAUAGAAGUUGGCCACUAGAUAUCACCUGACCAAAAACUGACUGUCAAAUAAAUUCCUUUUUGUGGUUGGAUAAAAUAUUCUGACUGUCAACAUGAUGUAUGUAUGUACCACAACUUUUCUUGUUUGUCUCUUGACUAGAAUGGAGACCUGGUCAGACUAUUUUUUGCAGGCCUUCUCUUUUUUCUUGUUUAAUUGAGCCUUGACAACUGUAACAAAAUUCUCUAAUCUGAAUUUUGGCUAACUACAUUGCAUCAGCUGUCCUGAUUUCAGCAUACAUGUAUUAGGACAGUAUGUGUCAUGCCUGAGUUAUUAGACAGUAAACACCACGGCACGUGCACCUCAAUGGUAUUUUUCACUUCUAGCCAAUUAAAUGCCUUGGAAUAUCUUGGGGUUUAGUUUUCAAAAACCUUCAAUAAAUAUUACAAAUUUUGUUUUAGUUGUGAUUAAUGUUAGUAACAGAACUUCGUCCAAUUCAGUCUGCAAUCAUACUCGUGAUGAAACAAGUUGGACUUUUGCUACAUGCAUGCUCUGAGCCGUUUGAUUUUCUUAAAGCAAUCGGUGUAUAAUUAAUUGUACUAUGAUUACAGACUGAAUUGGACACCAUUCCAUUCUGUAAUUAUUACUAAUUCGCAUUGUAUUUUCUUUAUGAAUUAUUGAUUAUUAUAUUAACAUUCUAUGUGACAUGUACAUUUAUUUCAGGAGAUAUGCAGAUGAACACUUGUUAACUGAGAUACAAGAUCCACGCUCUGAUGAAGAACUUGAUUUAUCAGGUUUGGAUGCUACAUGUAACUUAUGCCUCCAAAAUUCAAAGUUAUCAAAGCAGGCAACAAGAGGAGCCCGUAUUCCUAAUCUCCAGGUUGCUAUUAUGCGUGUGCAACAUAUACAGCUAUUUCGAGAAAGGUUGUCGGAAAAAGUGCACGCGACAAGCCCAAAUGGCAUUGUGGGUUGUUUUGAAUUCACUGUUCUUCAAAGAAAUGUGAAAGAAUGGCAUGAGAGGCCAUGGACAUAUGUUUGGGAGUGCUAAAGGAAAGCAACAAACCUAUGUUUGACAGCUACAUUGUCAAGAACAGCGUAUUGAUCAUAUCCCAUAUUACCUUUUGGGAUUGUCGCGUGCACAUUUUUACUGACAACCUUUCUCGAAAUAGCUGUAUGUAGCCAGCUUCCUUUGGACUUCUGUAAAGAAUGAAUGAAAUUCACAGAAUGCAAUCUGAUCAUGCACAUUUGCACCUUUUAUCACUCAUGAUCUGACCAUGUCUGUUUUCACCAUCUACACAAAUGUAUCUUGGGAAACUUACACAAACCUCAGCAAUGGAGUAAAAUUGACCUUUGAUCAUUGUUGCCCCCAGUCCUUAACCUUCAGUUAUAACUAGUUGCAACGGUUAAAAAAGCUUCAUUAUUACCUUUUUUUCAGACGUUAGUCGUCCAACUGACCAUCAAAGGCAAAAUUUGCACCCCUCAUACUCAUCAAAUAGCACCACAGGAUUCAAACAAGAAAGGUAA